GUCCCGAGUCCAAACCCUAACGUCCUCUUGUCACGGGCCCCCCUUGCUCUCUCUGGCUAUCGCGUUCCCUUCCCUCCUCCUCGAAGCCCUUCCAAAACCCUCCACUGCUCCUCUCGUAUCGAUCGCCAUGGAGUUCUGGGGUGUGGAAGUUAAGCCUGGAGAGACUGUUGAGUGUGAUCCUGGACAGGAUAAAUAUUUGCAUCUUUCCCAGGCAUCGCUGGGGGGGGAACUAAAGAAGGACAAAGGAAAUGAAAAUGUACCCAUCUUUGUGAAAUUCAAUGAUAAAAAAUUAGUCCUUGGAACUCUUUCUGCAGAGAAAUGUGCUCAAAUUUCAUAUGAUUUAGUAUUUGAGAAGGAAUUUGAAUUAUCUCACAGCUCCAAGAAUGCAAGUGUCUUUUUCUGUGGCUACAAGACUAUUGUCGCAGAUGAUGAUGAAAUUGUUGACUUUCAAGAUAGUGAUUUUGAUUCUGAAGAGGAUGUUCCCCUAGGACAGAAGGUUAAUGGCAAAACUGAGGUUAAAGAUGAACAGGUGAAGCCAACAACUGGAAAGGCUGGUAUUGCUAAGGCGGAUGCUUCAGCUGCUAAGCCCAAGGUUAGGAUAGAGGAACCUAAUAAGGCUGAUAAACAGAAGGUUCAGAAGGCGGAUGAGGAUGAUGAAGACGAUGAGGAAGAUGAAUCUGAAGAAGAUGAUAAUGAGUCUGAAGAAGGAUCCGAUGAUGAUGAGGACAUAGCUGAAGCAGAUGAUGACAGUGAUGAUGAAGACGACGAUGAAAGUUCUGAUGAGGAAGAUGCAGCUACCCCUCAGAAGCCCGAAAGCGGUAAGAAGAGACUGGUAGUAUCUGCUUCAAAAACACCUGUUCCAGGGAAGAAGGCAAAGUUAGUAUCCCCAGUUGGUAUGCAGGAAACAGGUGGUGGUGCUAAGAAAGGUGGCCAUACUGCUACCCCUCACCCUGCCAAACAUGCUGGGAAGACACCUGCGAACAGUGACAAGCCUAAGCAGCAGAGCCCCAAAUCUGCUGGCUUGGUCAGCUGCAAGUCAUGCAACAAAAUGUUCAACAGUGAGAAUGCUCUUCAAGCUCAUUCAAAAGCCAAGCAUGGCACCGCCAAGUGAGCUGUGCAAAGAUAAAUCCUUGAUGACGUUUUAAAGGAAAGUAGGGGGUGCAGGCGGUGGCAGAUGCUAGACAUGAAUGGUGCAUCGAUGUGCCUCUGGAAGUCAUUACCUUGCGUGGUAUCAGCAUCUUUUGGAAUUUUAGGUUUUGCAAUUUUCUGCAUCAUAAUAUUGGUUUGGAAUGUGAGUUGCCCGUGGAGUACACAGCUAGAUUUUGAUAGGUGUAGUAUGUAGAAAAUAUGAUGAUUGUUCUGCAAUGGAAUCAUGGAUAUUUGGCAUCUGUUAAAAGUUAUUUUUAGGGUUUCAAGCUAUUAAGCUUCCAGUCUUUGCUGGGAAACAUAACUAAGUGAUUAUGUGCAUCGGGGAUUUGUAUUCCUACGUUGGAAGGAGGUUUAUGGCUACCACAGAUUUGACUUGGCAUCAUAUUCUGCGUAUGUUGAGGGUGCUGGAUUUCUCUGUGGGCUGAUGCCGAAGUGGGCAAGGUAUUAUUUAGUUCUGCCAUUGUAUGUUCUUGGUCCCCUCUCAGGCUCUCUGGUUCUGGAUGCUGGAAGUGCGGUGAUGGUUCCAAGCAAUUAUGUUAGAUGUGGGUUCGAGUGUUCUUUUCCUGUGUUCGGUUGUUAACAUUAUCAUAGAUGAGGAUGUGCAAGGUUAUUUUAAUCAAUGGUUUAACCCGCAGGUCUUAUCCCGUAGAAAA